GCCAACACAAUCAUAAAAGAAAGGAAUGAUUUUUGAUAUGGGUUUUGUUUUUCAUUGGAUUAAUGAACGUUUUUCGACCUUUUCUUUGAUGGUUUUUCUUUGUAGGAUCAUACCGAAGACUCUCAUGUGCAAAGAAAUUACAGGAGAAACAGAAAGAGAGCUGAAACUAGUGGCCAGCAUGCAUCAAAGGAAGGCAAAGAUGUCCCGCCAUUCCGAUGCUUUCAUCGCAUUACUAGGUGGGUAUGGAACCUUAGAAGAGCUCUUGGAAGUCAUCACCUGGGCUCAGCUAGGAAUCCAUAAUAAACCCGUAAGCAAUCUCUACUAACAGAAAAUCACAUACACGCAACAUAGAAAUACUUGUAUCUUGAAGAUGGGAUAUCUGUAUGUAUGUGUAGGUGGGUCUUCUUAGAUAGAAGAUAUGAUUUACAUGCUCGCUACUAUAUAAUGUUCAUGAACAAGAUGUCCAUCUUAACAAAUAUAUAAUUAU